GCCGACGCCGAGCCGGCAGGCGGGGUGCGCCGCUCCUCUUCUGCGAGAGCAGCGGGGGCCGUGGAGCUGGAACCGGAGCCGGAGCCGGGGCCGGGGCGGGAGUCGGGGCCGGGGCCGGGCCGGAGCGGGCUCCAGCGCUAUGGGGUCGGCCGACUCUAAGCUGAAUUUCCGAAAGGCGGUGAUCCAGCUCACCACCAAGACGCAGCCUGUGGAAGCCACCGAUGAUGCCUUUUGGGACCAGUUCUGGGCAGACACGGCCACCUCAGUGCAGGACGUCUUUGCGCUGGUGCCGGCGGCAGAGAUCCGGGCCGUGCGGGAGGAGUCACCCUCCAAUCUGGCCACUCUGUGCUACAAGGCCGUGGAGAAGCUGGUGCAGGGAGCCGAGAGCGGCUGCCAUUCGGAGAAGGAGAAGCAGAUUGUCCUGAACUGCAGCCGGCUUCUCACCCGAGUGUUGCCCUACAUCUUCGAGGACCCUGACUGGAGGGGCUUCUUCUGGUCCACAGUGCCCGGGGCAGGACGAGCAGGGGGAGACGAUGAUGGUGAGAACGCCCGGCCCCUGGCUGAGUCCCUGCUCCUGGCCAUCGCCGACCUCCUCUUCUGUCCAGAUUUCACUGUCCAGAGCCACCGCAGGAGCACUGUGGACUCAGCGGAGGACGUCCACUCCCUGGACAGCUGUGAAUACAUCUGGGAGGCUGGUGUGGGCUUUGCUCACUCCCCCCAGCCCAACUACAUCCAUGACCUGAACCGGAUGGAGCUGUUGAAACUGCUGCUGACAUGCUUCUCUGAGGCCAUGUACCUGCCCCCAGCUCCGGACAGUGGCAGCACCAACCCGUGGGUGCAGUUCUUUUGUUCCACGGAGAACAGACACGCCCUCCCCCUGUUUACCUCCCUCCUCAACACCGUGUGUGCCUAUGACCCUGUGGGCUACGGGAUCCCCUACAACCACCUACUCUUCUCCGACUACCGGGAACCCCUGGUGGAGGAGGCGGCCCAGGUGCUCAUCGUCACCUUGGACCACGACAGUGCCACCAGCGCCAGCCCCACCGUGGACGGCACCACGACAGGCACGGCCAUGGAUGACGCGGAUCCUCCAGGACCCGAAAACCUGUUUGUAAACUACCUGUCCCGCAUCCAUCGGGAGGAGGACUUCCAGUUCAUCCUCAAGGGCAUAGCCCGGCUGCUCUCCAACCCCCUGCUCCAGACCUACCUGCCCAACUCCACCAAGAAGAUCCAGUUCCACCAGGAGCUGCUAGUCCUCUUUUGGAAGCUCUGCGACUUCAAUAAGAAAUUCCUCUUCUUUGUGCUCAAGAGCAGUGAUGUGCUGGACAUCCUGGUCCCCAUCCUCUACUUCCUCAAUGAUGCCCGAGCGGAUCAUUCCCGGGUAGGCCUGAUGCACAUCGGAGUCUUCAUCCUGUUGCUUCUGAGCGGGGAGCGGAACUUCGGGGUGCGGCUGAACAAGCCCUACUCGGUGCGCGUGCCCAUGGACAUCCCGGUCUUCACCGGUACCCAUGCGGACCUGCUCAUUGUGGUGUUCCACAAGAUUAUCACCAGCGGUCACCAGCGGCUGCAGCCCCUGUUCGACUGCCUGCUCACCAUCGUGGUCAACGUGUCCCCCUACCUCAAGAGCCUGUCCAUGGUGGCCGCCAACAAGCUGUUGCACCUGCUGGAGGCCUUCUCCACCACCUGGUUCCUCUUCUCCGCUGCCCAGAACCACCACCUGGUGUUCUUCCUCCUGGAGGCCUUCAACAACAUCAUUCAGUACCAGUUCGACGGCAACUCCAACCUGGUCUACGCCAUCAUCCGAAAGCGCAGCGUCUUCCACCAGCUGGCCAACCUGCCCGCCGACCCCCCUGCCAUCCACAAGGCCUUGCAGCGGCGCCGACGGCCACCCGAGUCCUUGUCCCGAACUGGCUCACAGGAGGGCGCCUCCAUGGAGGGCUCCCGCCCUGCGGCCCCCGCUGAGCCUGGCACUCUCAAGACGAGCCUGGUGGCCACCCCAGGCAUUGACAAGCUGACCGAGAAGUCCCAGGUGUCAGAGGACGGCACCUUGCAAUCCCUGGAGCCCAUGUCCCAGCAGAGCUCGGCAGAGGGCAGCCCGACCGCGGAGGAGCCCGAGCAGGCGUGGCGGGAGCAGCGGCGGCUAUCCAGCGCCUCAGCCAGUGGGCAGUGGAACCCAACAUCGGAAUGGGUUCUCUCUUGGAAGUCAAAGCUGCCGCUGCAGACCAUCAUGAGGCUGCUCCAAGUGCUGGUUCCCCAGGUGGAAAAGAUCUGCAUCGACAAGGGCCUGACGGAUGAGUCAGAGAUCCUGAGGUUCCUGCAGCACGGCACCCUGGUGGGGCUGCUCCCUGUGCCGCACCCCAUCCUCAUCCGCAAGUACCAGGCCAACUCAGGCACGGCCAUGUGGUUCCGCACCUACAUGUGGGGUGUCAUCUAUCUGAGGAAUGUGGACCCGCCUGUCUGGUACGACACGGAUGUGAAGCUGUUUGAGAUCCAGCGGGUGUGAGGACGGAAGCCCAGCAGGGGCCGGGACCAGAGGAGUGGGGGGCCCCGGGCCCCUGAUGCUCCCCGACCCACUCUUCUAGGCUUUAGGUUGCCACAGUAGGAGCUGGGGCUGGCGGACGGGCUGAGUCCCGGGUGGCAGGCCCUAAAGGCCCCUGGUGGCUGGGUUGGUGGGGACAGGUUCUGAUCACCCCACCCCUACCCCCGAGGGCUGGACUCCCAGGAGCCUCCCAUCUCCAGGGCUGCAGGCCCUGGCCAGAGCCCCCACCUCCCUCUGGCUCCCCGCUCAAGACCCGUCUCUGUGCUGCCCAUCAUCCCCAGAGGCCACCAGGUCACUGAGCCCUCAUGGGUCACCCAGCAGGGAGCUGUGGGCUGUCCCUUGAGGCACCCGGGCAGGGGCGCCCUCCCAUGCCUCCUACCCUGAAACAACCUCGUCCAGGCCCAGUUUGCUGCCGGGGCCUGGAGGAGGAGAGGAAGAAGGGUGGCUAGGCUGCUUGAGGAAACGGAGGGCUCGGAGACUGCAGAAGCCAGUC